GAUAAACAUCUUCCUUAAGCACGGAAUGUGAGUAGACUGGAGUUUUAAAUGUUUGAUUUAUUAUAUCUGAGUUAUUGUUUUAAAUUUCUUUUUAUUCAAAAACUUUUUCAAAUGUAUAAAAUUAUUAUAGAGUAAUAUGAGGUACUUCAUUUUAUCAUUGAGUUUGUGUUUGUUUAAAGUUGAAUGUGUCUCUUCAAAUUUUUCUGCAUUUGUUAAUGAAGCUCUUUCAGUUCAUAACCGCUAUCGAAACCUACACCGUGCUCAACCACUUGAAAUAGAUAAAACACUAGUAUCCAAAGCUGAGGCCAUUGUAAAAAAUGCAGCAAAAAGCGGCGGAUUUGGCGACGUUGCUGCUGGAGAAAAUGUUUAUCAAGUUUGUGCCACCUAUGACGUAGGCCUAAAUGCAGCUCGUGUAACAAGAGCGUGGUAUGACGAGGUUUGCUUGCCGACAGUUGACUUUAAAAAAUCAAAGUUUGACAAUGCUGAAAGUUUUACACAACUGAUUUGGAAAGAUACAAGAAGAUUUGGAAUUGCUAAAGCUAAUAGUAAAAAGGGAAACCAAACCUGUUCUUAUGUAGCUGGGCUAUAUAGACCACCUGGAAAUAUUGAAGAGUUUUAUGCAGAAAACAUUGCUCUUGGUAAACUAAAAAAAAAUGACUACUGCGAUAAUUUAAAACGAAGUACAUUGCAUACUUCAAAACAUGUUGAUAACAAACCUCAAAAAUCAAAAGAUAUUUCGAAAGUAAAUAAAAAUUUGUUACUCAAUUUUUCCAGCAGUAAAACCGACAUUUCCAGAGGUAAAACAGACAUUUCCCGUGGUAAAACAGACAUUUUCCAUGAAAAAACAGACAUUUCCCAUGGUAAAACAGACAUUUCCCAUGGUAAAACAGAUAUUUCCAAUGGUAAAACAGGUAUUUCCAAUGGUAAAACCGACAUUUCCAGUGGUACAAAAGCUUUCCUUCACUCUGGACUUCUUAAUUUAAAAGGAAACAUUCAAGACUAUAACUUACUAAAGACUUAUAAAAAUUUAAAAUAUUUUCAACCAAACUUGAUUAAUUCAGCUGGUUCAAAUAAUCUAAUGUUAAACAAACACUUGACAAACUUUGACAUAUAUAAUAUGAAUACAAAUAAUUUAAUAAACAACCCAAAAAAUGACAUUGUCGGCGAAAAAAAUGACGUUAUCGGAGAAAAAAGAAACAACCACAACUAUAUUAAUUAUGCAAUAAAUGGAAAAAACGAUUUAAAUCUUGGUAAAAAUGACUUAGCACAGAUAAAUUUCGGUAAAAACGAAUUUACACAAAUAAAUCACGCAAAAAACAAUGCACAUGUUUACUACGCUGACAAUAAAAACAACAACAAAAAUAUUGUUAACAAUAAAAUAACAACUAACAACGUAAUUUCAAGUAACUUAGUAAAAGAUAAACUAACUAACUUUCCAAGCACUUUAACAAGCAACAACAACUUGGAUAAAAAUCGUCAAAAGAUAUUUCAACAACCAAUACCAUCAAACAUGUAUUCUAACGUUGUAGAUAAUAAUAAAAAGAUUUGGAAGCAUCUUGAAAAUGGAAUACAUGGUUUCACAGCAACCAAUCAACAAAGCUUAGGUACACACAAACCAACUUAUGAUUCAAAAAUUAUAAUAAAGAACGAUCCAGUAAACUUAAAGAAUAACCUUCUAAAACGAGGUGAUUAUCCUUUAUUCGCACGAAUAGCCAAUUUUACAAAUAGCAUGAUUAGAGACCAGCAUGAAACAUUUUUAAAAAAAAGCGGCUUUCGUCUAAACGUUCAAACUCCUCUAAAACAAGAAAGUUUUUCAAGCAUGAAAUCUUUUUAUCCCACUUUUUUCCAACGACGUAGAAAAAAUUUGAAACCAAAUUUUUUUAUGUCAAACUUAUUACACCCUUUUUAUAAUCUUAAAGUACAUGUUGAUCCAAAAGUUUUAAAUCAAACAUUUCAUGCUAGUAAAGGCCUCAUUAAUCACUUUGAUAAUCAAAAACUUUUUCAACCAAUAUAUGAUUGGUUUAAAAAAAGCAAGUCCGCUGUUCCUCUUCAACCGAACCGUAAGCAUCUUCCGUUUAAAAGUAGUUUAGAAAUGAUUUUGCAAAACGCGGACCAUAAACAUGUUCAAAUUGGAAGCAAUCUAGUGGGUGAUAUAAAUAGGCUAAAGGAGUUUAAACAUAGCUCAACUAACUUGCCCGUGACAAGUAAUUUAGAAAGUGAGUAUAAAGAAAAUGAUAAUUUUGAUGAACGAAAUUUUCAAAAUACUAAAAAAAGAAACAGUUUGACGUUUCGAAAUAAACAGUUUAAUAAUGAUCGAAUUUUCAGAGCUAGAUAUAAGUAUUUUCAUGAAGCUGCAAAGGAAUACAAAAGACACAAUUAUAGUACAAAUGCACAUAUUUCAUUUGGAAAACGCAAACCUAGUAAUGACACGAUCUCAAAAGAAUUUACAAAAAAUGUUCAGUAUGCUAUGCAAAAUUUUCCCAUAAUUCAUACAAAUUCAUCUAAAACAAAAAAUAAUUUGUAUUCAUUUGACGACUAUAUCACUUCAAAUCUUUCAAAUGUAAAUGUUCUUUCUUUAGAAGAUAAACUUUUGUUAUUGCAGGUAUUUAAUCAGACAAAUUCAUAUGCUAAAAAUUCGUCUGAUUAUGUAAAAAAUGGUUUAGCUGUUUCACUGGCUGACACUUUUACCUCGAAGUUAAAACAGGCCACAACAAAAAAUCAAAAAUUGCUUGGUCUUAUAAACUCUAUUAAUAACAGCUAUACAAAAAAAAAUAAGUGUGAAAACAAAAAAAUAUUUUUAAAAAGUACACAUUUGACAAAGAACCACAGUGUUACUGACGCUGUAUCAGAAAAUACUGUUUUAAUAAAACAAAAUUCUAUAAGCCAACCGUUGAAAAACCUUUUUUUAAACUGUUCUAUAUCUCGUGAUGAUCUGCAGUUUAUGGCUGAUUUAAAGAACUUAAGUAACAUGAAAAGUUUGAAAAUUAACUCAUCAACUAUCUUGAUUCAAAAUGUUUUGAUGAAGGGCUGGAAUCAAAAUAGUAGUUUAACAACCUCGAUACCAAUCCAUCCAUCCGUUAAUAAAACUGUCAACUUACUAAACCACUCAAUAAUAAACGAAACAAUGAAUACAGGCAAUUUAAAAAUGAAUAAAACCAAAGAAAGAAAUAACUUCGUUACAAACUCUACAAAAUAUGCAAAAAAGUUGAUCAGCAGUCUUGAUUCUAAAAUAAAUGAAACAAACGAAAUGCAAACAGCCUUAAAUCUAAACUUAAAAAAAGGCAUUGGUAAAAAGUUUGGUAAAAGUAACAAAGAAAGCAGUGAUAGUGCAAAAAACAAGCAUAUUGGUAAUGUCAGUAACUCUACAAGGAAAAUCUCAAACAACAUAGUUGCAAAAAAUACCUCUGCUGAAUGCAAUGUAGUGCCUGAUGACAAAAAUAAAAUGAACUAUUCAAGCCAGUUUAAUGAUUUAUGUAUUAAAACCAAUUUGUUUAAGAACGAUGACAGAUAUAGAAUUGAACAAUCGCAUGGCCAUGAGGAUUUACGAAGUUUCAGAACGGUUGCCUUGGAAAUUCAUAAUCGACUUCGAAGAAUUCAUGGAUCUAAAGAUUUAAUUGAAAACAGCGAAUUAAAUAAAAAAGCCCAAAAACACGCGUUGAGUGCAGCAAAAAGUGGAGUGCUUGAACCCACUGAAGAUAGCGAUGAAGGAGAAAAUCUUGCUGUAAAAUGUUCAUCAAAAGAAAUGCCUGGAUACGAAGCUAUUUUACAUUGGUAUGAUGAAGUCUGCAAGGAGCAAUAUGAUUUUACCUCAGAUUACCCAGGAAAUGCAGGUCAUUUUACCCAAGUUGUUUGGAGUGCCUCAAAUAAAGUAGGUUUUGGCAAAUCUUCUUUUAAAAAUAGCGCAGGACUUUUGUGCACCUACGUAGUUGCAAAGUAUUUACCUGGUGGUAACGUUAUUGGUAGCUUUACAGAAAACGUGCGCAAGGGUAAUUUUACUUCAGACAUAUGCUUAAAUUUAACCGGGGUUUUUUAUGACAUUUUUAAUACCUCAGACAUCAUUUUUGAUAACUCAAACAUAAACUUGAAGUCUAUAGAAUCCUCAAGUACGAAAUUAAAAGCAUCCGAUACCAGAAUAAUUUCUUUAAAAAAUACCUCAUUAGCAAAUACUCAGGUAAAUUCUAAAUUUAUCAAUGAUUACAAAUUACUUAAAGAGCCUACAUCUGAACAAGUUAAUAAUACAAAUAAACACAAUAAAAAUCUCGACUUUAAACAUCAAACUCCUAAAAAAGACGGUGCCGAUAACAAAGUUUUUAUUCUCAAAAAUGAUCAAGACUUUAACAUUGGAAUGGACAGUAUUGCACAACAUUCUGAAAAUACCAUGUUCCUAGAUAGUAGUAACAACGUAACCAAAAAAUGUUUAAAUGGAAAAGUGCGCGACAAAUGUAAACCUGGAGCAUAUCUGCAAAGAGGAGCUUCCUUAACAACAAAUAAAAAAAAAGUGCAAAAGGAGCCUACUCAAGAAAAUAUUAACGUCAGUGUCUACAAAAAUUUAAAAGAAAAUACGGCUGUUUUGCAUGUAAAAAGUAUAAACGCCUCAGGCGCACAUAAUUUAAAGGUAAAUUCGGUUCUUUUACUUAAAGGAAAUAGAAAAAAUAAAGAUAAAACUGCAAAGAAAGUUAACUUCAAUAACUCCGAAACUCAUUCUACAGAAGAUCUAAAUCAAAAUAAAUCAAAAAAAAUCAACAAAGCUAAUACUGUAAAAAUAUCAAAUUUUAAUGACAAAACCAUGGAGCGUAAAGUUUUUGAAAGCGGGAAAAGUAUUGAAGGAUAUGAAAAACAUUUAAAUUAUAAAAACACUAAAAAAGACAAAGAUAAAAAUAUAAUAUUCAAGCAUGAGGGGAAUGAAAAAGUUAAUAAAAAUAACAAUGAAGGUGUUACUAUAGUAACUAUUCAUCCAAUAAGUAAUAUGAGCAAUAAUGUUGUUAAUAAUGCAAAUGGCGUAGUUGACAAAAACUGUGACGGAGAACAAAAUGAAAAUGAUAAUAAGUUCAAAAGCGUUAGCGUCAGCGAAAAUAGUAAUAUUGAAAAUAAUCGUAUAGGAAAUAAUGGUGAAGUUAUUUGUAAACUAGAAAAUGGUUUCGGAGUCACAAUUAAAGAAAGAACCGAUAAAAGAACUAAAGACGUUGGAUUUGAUACACAGAAGUCAGAUGGAAAAUCUGAAGGAAGCAAAACACACAAUGAAAAAGAAAUAAAAGUAAAAAAUAAAAAAGGUACUCAUGAAAAAAGUAAAAAAUUAGAAAAAGAAGAAAGGGAAAGUUCAUUAAAUAAAAAAGCAGGACAAAGUAAAUAUAAUGGAAUAAAAACUAUCGAUCCUUUUGGAGUAGGAGCUACUCGUGUAUCUGGGAUCUCAGAUAAAAAAGUUUUUGAAUCAAACAGUAAAAUUAACGCUAGAUUAAAUAAUGAUAAAAAUGUUAAAUUUGACCAUAAAUUAAUAAGUAGCUUAAACAAGUUUCCUAAUGGAACAGACGGAUCAAUUAAUGUAACUGGCGGAUCAAUUUAUGGAAAACACGGAUCACUUAUUGGAACAGUCGGAUUAAUAGAUGGGUUAAAUAUUAAAAAAAUAAAUGAAUCAAAUAGCAAAAACAUUUUAAGUGCAAUCAAUAAAGUAAAUGGUGGCCCAAAUGCUGGAGCAAAGGACGAAAUGAAUUUUAAAGGUGUAAGUGGAGAAAAUAAUAGAGUUAACAGCGUAAUCAAUAACAAGACUUUCAGCGCCAAGAAUAGCAAAACAAGUGGCGAAAGAAUUGGUAAUAUAAACAACAAUGCUAGCAAUGCUAAUGCAAGUACAAAAAUUGGAACUAAUGCUUAUAUUAAUGCUGGAUUUAAUCCUAAGUUAAAUGUUGAUAGUGUAACAAAUAUGACAAAAUCAGGACUAGAUAUUGGAUCAGUUAGUGGGGAAAACAAAAGAUUGAAAAAUAACACAAACAGCAAAUCAAAUGCAUAUGACGUACUAAAAGGUGAUGUAAUUGGAGGAGCAAACGGUGGAAGAUUAAAUGAAGUGGAAAAUAGCAAAACAUAUACUGGAAUGAAUAACGGGGUCAUUGGGGGAGCAAAAAAUGAAGUAAAUGGCGGCCCAAAUAGAGGAGAAAAUGGACAAGAAAACAAAGAAAAAUGUAGCAAAGUAAACAUUGGAGUAAGCAAUCAAAAUAACGGAAUGAGUAACGGAGAAAACAUUGUAGCAAAUGAUAAAGCUUGUGGCAAAACAAAUAAUAUAAUAAACGGAGGAAAAAACGGAGUAGCAAGCAGUGGAGUAAACGAAGAAAUCAAUACAGGAUUAAUUAGUGGAGCAAACGUUAAAGCAAAUAGUAAUGCAAUUAGCAAAGAAAAUAAUGGAGGCAGUAGUAAAAUUAUUAAUGGAGGAAACGGUGGAUUAAAUGGUGUAACAAACAGAGAAGGAAAUGAGACUGCAAAUAGUGUAUCAAUUAACGGAGAAAACAAUUUAAAAAACGAGAAAGUUAAUGAAGGUGUAAAUUGUGCAACCAAUAAUGGAGCAAAUAGCAUUACUAAUGAUGGAAACAAUAGAAAAAUUAAUGCAAACGAUGGAGCUAAUAUCAAAGCAAACGGACGAGAAAACAACGGAGUUGAUAGCAGAGCAAACAGUGGUACAAAUAGCGCAAUAAACAGUGUUAUUAAUAGUGGAAUAUAUAACGGAGAUAAAAGCGAAACAAACAAUGGCGCUAAUACUAAAGAUAACGAGGUAACUAAUGGGAGAACAAACGGUGGAGCUAAUGAUGAAGUAACUUGUAGUGCUAAUAGUGGCUCAUAUAGAGGAACUAAUGGUGAUAUUAAUGGCGAGGUUCAUAGUAAAGCAAAUACUGGAGCAAAUCAUGGAGCUAAUAGCGAAACAAAUAUUGGAGGAAACGGGGAAACCAAUAAUGAAGUAGCUUUUAAGGGAGCAAGCAGCUCAAAUAGCUGCACAAAUGCUGAAAAUAAUCCUAGAAAUAGUGGUGAACCUAAUGUUGAAGCAAAUGGUAAAACUAGUUGUGGUGCAAAUAGUGGUGUAACAGCUGAAAAGAGUGGUGAAACUAAUGGAGUCGCAAAAAAAAAUACAUCAAACAACGAGAUUAUUAGUGGAGUUAAUAAUGGAGCAAAAGGUGUAAGUAAGAGUAGUAGUAAUGAGAUAGCUAAUAGCGAAACUUAUGGUGGAGCUAACGGUGGAACAAUUGGAGAGUCUAAUAGCGGAGCUAACAGUAAAAUAUAUGGCAAAAAUGACGGAGUCACAAGUGGAGUUUAUGGCGGAGCUACUGGUGGAGCAAAUGGAGGAGCUAAUAGCGGAAACAAUGAUGAAACAAACAUUGAAACAAACGGAAAAAUUAACAGCGGAGCAAAAAAUGGUAUAAAUACUGAAACAAACGAUAAAAACAAUAGUGGAGUUAAUGCCGGAGCUAAUAAUGGAGCAAAUAGUGGAAACUUAAAUGGAGCUGAUGGUACACCAAAUGACGGAACUAAUCACGGAGCAAAUAGUGGUAAUAACAAUGUCGCAAAUAAUGGUGUUAAUAGUGUAAAAAGUGGAGCUACGAAUGGUGGUCUAAAAGUCGGAGGGAAUAACGGAGACAGAUCAGUUGCUAAUAAUGAAACUAAUAUUGAAGCUAACACUCUAACUAAUGCAGGGACAAACGUUGGUACCAACGGUGGAGCAAGUAACGAAGCAAGUGGCGGAGCAAAUGAUGAAGCAAAUAGCGGAGCAAAUGGAGGAACAAAUGGAGGAACAAAUAGCGGAUCAAAUGGUGGAGGAAAUGGUGAAGCAAAUGGUGAAACAAACAGUGGAGCAAAUGGCGGAACAAACAAUGGAGCAAAUGGUGGAAAAAAUGGUGGAACAAAUAGUGGAGCUAACGACGGACCAAAUGGCGGAGAAAACAGUGGAGCAAAUGAUGAAACAAAUAGUGGAGCAAAUGGUAGAGCAAACAGUGCAGCAAAUGGUGGAGCAAAUGGAAAAGGAAAUGGCGGAUUAAAUGGUGGAGCCAACGGUGGAGCCAACGGUGGAGCUGAUGGUGGAGAGAAUGGUGGAACAAACGUUCAAACAAAUAGCGGAGAAAGUAGUGGAGCAAAUGGUGGAAUAAAUAAUGGAGCUAAUAGUGGAGCAAACGGUGGAGUAAUUGGUGGAACAAUAGGAGGAGAAAACGGUGGAGAAAAUGGCGAAACAAAUGGCGUUGCAAAUAGUAGAGCUAACAGUGGUUCAAACAGUAGAGCAAAUAGUGUAUUAAACAAUAAAGCAAAUAGUGGAGCAAAUGGUGGAAUGAAUGGCGAAGCAAAUGGCGAAAUAAAUGGAGGAACAAGUAGUGAAGAAAAUGGUGGAUUAAAUGGCAAUACAAAUGGUAGAGCGAAUGAUAAUUCAAACAUUGAAGUAAAUAGCGGAACAAACAGUGGAGCAAAAGGUGAAGCAAAUGAAGUAGCCGACGGUGGUUCAAAUAAAGAACCUAAUGAUGGUGCUAAUAGUGCAUUAAACAGCGAAACAAAUGGCGGAACAAAUGGCGGAAUAAAUAGAGGAGAAAGUAGUGGAGCAAAUGGUGGAAUAAAUAAUGGAGCUAAUAGUGGAGCAAACGGUAGAGUAAUUGGUGGAACAAUAGGAGGAAAAAACGGUGGAGAAAACGGCAAAGCAAAUGGCGGACCAAGUAGCAGAGUAAGUGGCGGAGUAAAUAGCGGAGUGAAUGGUGGAGUAAAUGGUGAGGCAAAUGGCGGAGCAAGUAGCGGGGCAAAUAACGGAGCAAAUGCCGAAGCAUAUGGUACAGCAAAUAGCGGAGAAAAUGGCGGAGCAAAUGGCGGAACAAAUGGCGGAGCAAAUGGCGGAGCAAAUGGCGGAGCAAAUGGCGGAGCAAAUGGCGGAGCAAACGGCGGAGCAAAUGGCGGAGUAAAUGAAGGAGCAAAUGGCGGAGUAAAUGAAGGAGUAAAUAGUGGAGCAAAUGGUGGAACAAAUGGUAGAGCAAAUGGCGGAGCAAAUGGUGGAGCAAAUGGCGGAGCAAAAGGCGGAGCAAAUGGCGGAGUAAAUGAAGGAGCAAAUGGCGGAGUAAAUGAAGGAGUAAAUAGUGGAGCAAAUGGUGGAACAAAUGGUAGAGCAAAUGGCGGAGCAAAUGGCGGAGCAAAUAGCGGAGCAAAUGGUGGAGCAAAUAACGAAGCAAACGAAGAAGCAAAUGAAGGAGUAAUUGGUGGAGCAAAUAGCGAAACAAAUGGCGGAGCAAAUGGCGGAGCAAAUGGCGGAACAAAUGGCAGUGUAAAUGGCGGAGCAAAUGGCGGAGCAAAUGGUGUAGCAAAUGGCAAAGCAAAUGAAGGAGCAAAUGAAGGAGUAAGUGGCGGAGCAAAUGGCGGAACAAAUGGUGGAGCAAAUGGCGGAGCAAAUAGCGGAGCAAAUGGCGGAGUAAAUGGCGGAUCAAAUGGCGGAACAAAUGGUAGAGUAAAUGGCGAAGCAAAUGGCGGAGCAAAUGGCAGAACAAAUGGUGGAGCAAAUGGUGGAGCAAAUGGCGAAGCAAAUAGCGGAGCAAAUGGCGGAGCAAAUGGUAGAGUAAAUAGCGGAGUUAAUGGCGGAACAAAUGGUGGAGCAAAUGGCGGAGCAGAUGAAGGAGCAAAUGGCGGAGUAAAUGACGGAGUAAAUGGUGAAGCAAAUGGUGAAGCAAAUGGCGAAGUAAAUAAUAAAGCAAAUAACGGGGUAAAUGGCGGAGCAAAUGGCGGAGCAAAUGACGGAACAAAUGGCGGAGCAAAUGGCGGAUCAAAUAGCGGAGCAAAUGGCAGUGUAAAUGGCGGAGUAAAUGGCGGAGCAAAUGGAGAAAUAAAUGGUAGAGCAAAUGGCGGAGAAUAUGGCGGAGCAAAUGACGGAGCAAAUGGCGGAGCAAAUGGUGGAGCAAAUGGCGGAAUAAAUGGCGAAGCAAAUAGUGAAGCAAAUGGUGGAGCAAAUGCUGAAGCAAAUGCUGGAACAAUUAACGGAGCAUAUGGCGGAGUAAAUGGCGGAGCAAUUGGUGGAAAAAACAAUAGACCAAAUGGCGGAGCAAAUGGCGGAGCAAAUGUUGGAGCAAAUGGCGGAGCAAAUGGCGAAGAAAAUGGUGGAGCAAGUGGUGGAGCAAAUGGCAGAACAAAUGGUGGAGCAAAUAGUGGAGCAAAUGGCGGAACAAAUGGCGGAGCAAAUGGCGGAGUAAAUAGCGGAGCAAAUGGCGGAACAAAUGGCGGAGCAAAUGGCAGAGCAAAUGGUGGAGCAAAUGGCGGAGCAAAUGGUGGAGCAAAUAACAGAGCAAAUGGCGGAGUAAAUGGCGGAGCAAAUGGUGGAAUAAAUAAUGGAGCAAAUGGCGGAACAAAUGGCGGAGCAAAUGACGGAGUAAAUAACGGAGCAAAUGGCGGAGUAAAUAGCGGAGCAAAUGGUGGAAUAAAUAAUGCAGCAAAUGGCGGAACAAAUGGCGGAGCAAAUGACGGAGCAUAUGGCGGAGCAAAUGGUGGAGCGAAUGGUGGAGCAAAGGGCAGAACAAAUGGUGGAGCAAAUGGUGGAGCAAAUGGUGAAGCAAAUGGUGGAGCAAAUGGCGGAGCAAAUGGUGUAGAAAAUGGCGGAGCAAAUGGCGAAGCAAAUGGUGGAACAACGGGUGGAGCAAAUGGCAGAGCAAAUGGUGGAGCAAAUGGCGGAGCAAAUGGUGGAGCAAAUAACGGAGCAAAUGGCGGAGUAAAUGGCAAAGCAAAUGAUAGAGCAAAUGGUGGAACAACUAACGAAGAAAAUGGUGAAGCAAAUAGUGGAGCAAAUGGCAGAGCAAAUGGUGGAGCAAAUAGUGGAACAAAUGGAGCAAAUAAUGGAGGAAAUAGUGAAGCAUAUGGUCCAGCAAAUGGUCGAGCAAAUGGCAAAGCAAAUGGCGGACCAAAUAGCGGAACAAGUGGCGGAGCAAAUGGUGGAACGAGUGGAGGAGCAAAUGGGAGAGCAAAUGGCGGAGCAAAUGGUGUAGAAAAUGGCGGAGCAAAUAAGGGAGCAAAUGGCAGAGCAAAUGGCGGAGCAAAUGGCGGAGCAAAUGGCGGAGCAAAUGGCGGAGCAAUUGGCGGAGCAAACGAUGGAGCAAAUGGCGGAACAAAUGGCGGAGCAAAUGGCGGAGCAAAUGGUGGAGCAAAUGGUGGAGCAAAUGGUGGAGUAAAUGGCGGAGCAAAUGGCAAAGCAAAUGGUGGAGCAAAUGGUGGAGUAAAUGGCGGAACCAAUGGAGAAAAAAGUAGUAAAGCAAAUGGUGAAAAAAACAUUGAAGCAAACAAAUCAAGUCGAGAUGCAAAUGAAGGUAAAAAUUCUGAACUAAGCGGUAAUAAUGGAAAAGAUGGCAGCAACGCUGGCGGUGGCAGUAGAGGUAGCAAUAGUAUCAAAAGUGCUAAUAGUAAUGGCAGUAGCAUCGGUGGUAACAGUGGCAGUAGCAAAGAUGGUAACAGUGGCGAUGGAAGUGGCAGUAGCAAAGGUGGUAGCAGCGGCAGUAGCAAAGGUGGUAGCAGUGGCAGUAGCAAAAGUGGCAGCAGUGGCAGUAGCAAAAGUGGCAGCAGUGGCAGUAGCAAAAGUGGUAGCAGUGGUGGUAGCAGUAAAAGUAGCAGUGGUGGCAGCAGUGGUAGCGAUAGCAGUAGCGGUAAUAGUGGCGGUAAUAGUGGCGGUGCUAGUGGCGGUAGUGAUGGUGGCAGCAGUGGCGGUAAAAGUAGCGGUAGCAGUAGUGGUAACGAUAGCAACAAUGGUGGUAGUGGUGGUAAUACUGAAAAACCCAGUGAUGAUAAGAAUGGUAGUAAAAACGGUGAUAACGAACGAAAAGAAGGAAAAAGUAAUGGAAGUAAUGACGGUGGUAAAAGUAGUAGCAGUAAUGGUAGUAACAGUGAAAGCAAAAGCAACAGCGGUAGCAGUAGUGAAAGCAAUAGUGGUAGCAGUAGUGAACGCAAUGGCGAUACCAGUGGAGGUACCAGUGGCGGUGCCAGUAGUGGUAGCAGUGGUGAUAGCAGUGGCGGUGGCAGUGGCGGUAGUAGUGGCAGUAACAAUGGUGGUAGCAGUAGUGAUAACAGUGGCAGUAGUGAAAAGGGUAGCAGUGGCAGUACCAAAGGUGGUAGCAAAGGUAGUGGCAGUGGCAGUAACAAUGGAAGUAGCAGUGGCGGAAGCAGUGCCAGUAUUAGUGAUGGUAGUAGUGGUGGUAGCAGUGGUGGUAAUAGUGGCAGUAGUAAUAGCGGUAACAGUGACAGUAACAGUGGCGGUAGCAAUGAUAGUAGCAGCGGUGGUAGCAAUGGCGGUAACACUGCCGGUAACAAAGGUGGUAUCAGUGGUGGUAGCAGCGGUGGUAGCACUGGUGAUAGCAGUGGCGGUAGCAGUGGCAGUAAUGGUAGUAGUAGCAAGAGCGGUAACAGUGGCGAUAGCAGUGGUAGCAGCAGUGGCAGUAACAGUGGUGGCAGUGGUGGUGGCAAUGGUGGUGGAAGUGGUGGUAGCAGUGGUGGGAAUGGUGGCAGUAGUAAAGGCGGAAGCAGUGGGGGUAGCGUUGUCAGUAGCAAAGACGGUAGCAAUGGUGGUAGCAGUGGUGGUAGCAGUGAUAGUAGCAGUGGUGGUAGCGGUGGUGGUAGCAGUGGCGGUAGCAGUGGUAGCAGUAGCCGUGGUAGUGGUAGUAGUGGCGGUAGUAGUGGCGAUAGCAGUGAUGCUAAUGAUAACAGUAGCAAAGGCAGUAGCAGUGGUAGUAACAGUGGUAGUAGCAGUGUUGGUAAUAGUGGCGGUAACAGUGCCAGUAGCAAAGGUGGUAUCAGUAGCAGUAGCAGUGGUGGUAGCAGUGGCGGUAAUGGUAGUGGAAGCAAGAGCGGUAACAACGGCGAUAGUAGUGAUAGUAGCAACGGCAGUAACAGUGGUGGUAGCAAUAGCAAAGGUGGUAGCAGUGUUGGUAGCAGUGGCAGUAGCAGUGACGGUAGCGGUGGCAGUAGCAAAGACGGGAGCAGUGUUGCCAGCAAUGGUGGUAGUAGCGAUAGUAGCAGUGGUGGUAGCAGUGAUGGUAGCAGUGGCGGUAGCAGCAGUGGUAGCAGUAGCCGUGGUAGUGGUAGUAGUGGCGGCAGCAGUGGCGGUAGUGAUGGUGGCAGGAGUAGUGGUAAAAGUACCGGUAGCAGUAGUGGUAGCGAUAGCAACAAUGAUGGUAGUGGUGGUAAUACUGAAAAAAGCAGUGGUGAUAAGAGUGGUAAAAAUAGUGGUAACGCAGGAAAUGAAGAAAAAAGUAAUGGAAGUAAUGGUGGUAGUAAAAGUAGUAGCAAUAAUGGUAGUAGCAGUGAAAGCAAAAGCAAUAGCGGCAGCAGUAGUGGAAGCAAUAGUGGUAGCAAUAGUAAAACUAAUAGCGGUGGCAAUGGCGGUAGCAGCAAUGGUAGCAAAGGUGGUAACAGUGACGGUAGCGAUAGUGGUAAGAGUGAUGGUAGUGGUAGCGGUAGCAAUAGCGGUAGCAGUAGCAGUAGCGGUAGAGGUAGCAAUAAUGGUGGUAGUGGUAGUAAUACUGAAAAAAGCAGUAGCGAUAAGAGUGGAAGUAAAAAUGGUGGUAGUGAAGGAAAAGAAGGAAAAAGUAGCGAAAGUAGUGGUGCUGGUAAAAGUAGUAGCAGUAAUGGUAGUAACAGCGAAAGCAAAAGCAACAGCGGUAGCAGUAGUGGAAACAGUAGUGGUAGCAAUAGUGAACUAAAUAACGGUAGCAGUGGUGGUAGCAGUGGAGGUAGUAGUAGUGGUAGCAGUGGAGGUAGCAGUAGUGGUAGCAGUAGUAGUAGCGGUAGCAAUAAAGGUAGUAGUGGCAGUAAUACUGAAAAAAGCAGUAGUGAUAAAAACGAUGGUAAAAAUGGUGGUAGCAAAGGAAAAGAAGGAAAUAGUAAUGGAAGCAGUGGCGAUGGUAAAAGUAGUAGCAGUAGUGGUAGUAACAGCGAAAGCAAUAGCAACAGCGGUGGCAGUAGCGGAAACAAUAGUGGUAGCAGUAGUGAAACUAGUAGCAGUAGUGGUGGUGGUGGCAGUGGAGGUAACAGUGGUGGUAGCAGUAGCGGUAGCAGUAGUGGUAGUAGUAGUGGUAGCAGUAGCGGAAGCAAUAGCGCUAGCAAUAGUGAUAGCAGUAGCGGAAGCAGUAGUGGAAACAAUAGCGGCAGUGGUAACAAUAGUGGAAGCAGUAGCAGUAGUGGAAGCACUAACAGUAACAGUAGUGGAAGUAAUAAAGAAGGAAAAAGUAAUGAACAUCAGUCAUUUGUAAACAAAGAUAUAACAGAAGCAGUAAACGAAGUUGGUGUAAUUAAAUUUGAAAAAAGUAGCGACGAUAAAGUAAAUAAGGUGUCAGAGAAUAACAAAAAGAACAUGACGGAUUGUAAAACUAACAGCGGCGACUGUUUUUCAAAUCAAGGUAACACCUACUGCAACCAGAUGUUAAAUAAUGGAUGUGGUAUGCAAUGUAAAAAUAUGCCUCCACCCGCACCAUGUCCAUCAUGGGUACCACCUUAUUUACCACAACAAAGUACAAAUAUAGAAACCCCAUGCUCAGACAAUAUGUGCACAGUACAAUUACCUUCUUUAAUUGUUUGCCAAGACGAUGGUUGUCAAAGAAAUAAGAUAUAUUUUAAACCCAAAGAAACUGUAAAAAAACGAAUUAGGGUUCCAUCUUCAGUAUUAAAACGUUCGCGAUUUUUAAACUGGAAAAAAAGAGUUAAAAAAUUAAAAAGUUUUCAGAAACUAGACAGAAGCUAAAAAAAAAAAGUAAAAUGAAGAAAUAGUUUUAUGACAGAUAGGGUUGGCGUUUUAAAAGAACAAAUAAUUAUUACUUUGGUGGUUGUAGGGUAGUAACAACCCUAUCAACUUUUCAGAGUAACUACUAUAAUAAAACACAUGUUUUUGUUUUUUAACUCAUUCAGUAAACUUUUUAAAAACAUUUUUGGUUGUGAAAACAAAAAUUAACGUGUUGAUAUUUUUUUUAGA